AUGGAUGUAGUGUCUUUCGCAUUCAACGGUCCGGUCGAGUACGACCAAACCCGACCUCUAUACAUUGACGCUCGAGAUCCCUCGCGCAGUCUGAAUGCUUAUCAACUCAAGCAUCUCGUGCAGACCCUGGUGGCCGGAUUGAAACGCCAUGUUGAGCCCGGGGAAGCGGUCUUGGUUCACCUGGGCAACAGCUUCGCCCACUCAGCCCUAUUCUUCAGCAUCCUCGGAGCAGGGAAUGUCUACAUCGGCGCCGGACCCGACAGUCCACCGCUUGAACUGGACAACGUGGUCAAGGCAGGCGAACCCAAGCUGAUAAUCACCACCAGCGCAGCCCUCGCCACCGUGCUCGAAGUUACCUCAGCGCGAGGCAUCGCAGCGAAGCAAGUCUGCGUCUUCUCCGAGGACACCAUCCUGAGCUUCCUGCACAGCCCCGACACCCUCACCCCAGAAAAGCCACCGAUCACCACCACAACCCCCCAGCCCAUCCCACUAACCACCCUCCUAACCCACGGCACCAGCCCCUGGACCCCCCUCACCGCAACCCAGGCACACGCCACGCCCGCCUCGAUGUUCUGCACCAGCGGGACCAGCGGACUCCCCAAAGCCGCGAUCCUUUCGCACACCAACAUGAUCACGCACCACCUCAGCAGCCACUACCCCACCCCAAACCCAGUAACAACAAGCCGCCUAAUCGCCAUCCCAAUGCACCACCUCUACGGCGCGGUGUGGACGCACAUCUUCCCGAUCCGCUACGGCUCGCCCGUCUACAGCCUGCCGCGCUUCGAGAUCCACGCCUUCCUGCAAGCCAUCCACGCCCACCAGAUCACCAACACCUACCUCGUCCCGGCCAUGGUGCACAUCCUGACCCAGACCACCCUCCCCAUAACGCUUAAACUCGCCUCCCUCCGCUACUGCCUCGUCUCCGCCGCCCCCAUCGACGUCCCCGCCCUCGACCGGCUGCAAUCCCUGCUCACCCAUCCCUCCGCCAUCGUCACCCAGAACUGGGGCAUGACCGAGACCGGCCUCGUGUUCCUGUCGCCGGCCACGGAUACCGUCCACGACAAAGCGAGCAUUGGCCGCGUGCGCGGGGACGGGGUCGAGGUGAGGCUUGUUGAUCCCAGGGAUCACGGGGCCGUUAUCGAGGAGGACGGGAGGGCCGGGGAGAUGUGGGUCCGUGGGCCGGGGAUCUUCCUGGGGUAUAAGAAUCGUCCAGACAGUAAUGAUGACAAGGAAGAAGGGGGCUGGUUUCGGACGGGGGAUAUGGUGUUUCGGAAGCAGGGGCUGUAUUAUUUGUUUGGGAGGGUGAAGGAGAUUAUCAAGGUUCGAGGGUAUUCUGUCGCCCCCGCGGAGAUCGAGGAUGUGCUGGUCCAGCACCCCGGCAUCGACGACGCGGCUGUACUUGGGGUGCAGGCAGGUGAUGGCAGUGGGACGGAAGUGCCCAGGGCGUUCGUGGUGAGGAAAUCACCAGCAUCAACUAAAAUCACGGUUGAGGAUGUCUAUGACUUUGUCGCGGGCCGGCUGGCGAGGUACAAGGCGCUGGACGGGGGGGUGGUGUUUGUGAGCGAGAUUCCCAGGACGGCGACGGGGAAGAUUCAACGGGCCAAGUUGGGGCAGAUGAAUGCGCAGAGGGAGAAGAUUGCGAAGCUGCUGGCGGCGAGGAAGGUUGCUGUGGAGGCUGUUGGGUAGGUAGGUAGGUGCCUGAGUUAGUGAACUGGUAUAGAUGAUAUGCUAUAUAGGUUGUUUGUUCUGCAUAUGUUUUUGUGAAUAACAGUGGUUUUGGUUGUUUUGUACCCAAGAUCCACGGAGAUCUUGUGUAUCAUGUCGAUAUCUUCCUCCGAGCUGUUCAAUACUUACUAUAGAUGAGCUUUUCUAGGAAACUGAAAGAAAGGGGGGUCCGG